AUGGCCGACGCACCUUCAUCUACACCGCCGCCGCAGCAGGAGCAACCCACGCGACCAGCUUCCUUCGAGGCAAAAUGGAAGGAGUCCGACGCGUCCUUCCUCCAGCCCAGCAAAAUCCCGGUCCCAAAGGCCCACCGCGCAUGGGAGCGCCAACCGCACUCGCCGUUUACCCGCAAUGGAAAGUUCCGCAAGGUAUGGAAGCGCUACGAGCUGCGCUCCCAGCCCGACACGGAGACCAACACCGCGAAUACCGAGAAGAAUAGCCCAGCGAAGUCGCCGAGGAAGGUAGUCAAGAAGCGCGCUUUGGAAGCCCCUGCGGAUCCCACCGCGACGCCUGGGAGGAAGGCGCCGAAGAACAAGGCUUUCGCCCCGACGCGGUGGGAGACGCCGAGGAAGAAUAGCGGCAGGAUUGCUUCCCGCAAAAUUGCCCAGCCGAUCUUUGCGAGAGAGCCAAGCCCAGAGCCAGUCCACGCCGACCACUUGAAAGCCAUGACCAUGGUCAAUAAUGAAGAUGGCAACACUGAGGAAGAUGCAAAAGAAUAUAUUCAGGCAGACCAACCCCCGGGAAACAAGCAAGAUAAGCCAAUAGUCACAGGCACAGAAGACACGGAAGCAGUUGCGGAGUUUACUACGGACACGAAGCCAGAGGAUGAGACAACAGCUGAAGGGAGCCAAUCUGGGGACCGUCACGGGAGUAUCAUUCAGUCGGAAGACGAAUCUCAAAGUCUUGAUGUGGAGCGAGAAGCCGAUCUACGAACACCCGAGACAACUGGAGAACCCAAGGAUGCUGAUCUGGAUGUCGAAACGCAUGGAUUGUCGUCUGGUUACGGCGCGGAUGCAGGAGCCGGAGCUGAACUGCGGAUUGAGGAUGUUGUUAUUGAUGGGGGAUCUGUCUCUGACAAGGCGAGUCUGGAUGCUGUUGGAUCGGCGAACGAGGCAAACGAGCAGGACGAAGAACGACCAGGCCAAGAGCAACCUGAGACGGAUAUCACUGCGAACCUCGAAGCCUCUGUUCUGGUUGAAAGGGAAUUAGGUCAAAAAAAGGAGAACGAAGGUGUGCAAGAGGGUUGCGAGAAGGUAGAGGUUGAUGCAGAUGCCGUCAUGGGAGACCAGACACCAUCCAGUCUCCUGGAGCCUCGACCUUCCGAAUCAUCCGUCCAGGAUAAUGCGGCUGAUGAGAAGGUUGAGGCACCAGCUGCUCAACCAGAAUCUUCUGACGUCACUUCAACGGUAAUUGAAGCGGAUGCGAUGACAUGCAACUUGGAGCAAGUGGGCGCCGAGAUGCCCUCUACUGAUGAAUCUUUACCGAAGGAGCUUGUAGCCAUGCAAGAUGAAGAUGACCUGAGUCUGGAACAACGACUUCAAGCAGAUGCAGCAGAAACUCUUGGCUCCGGCUCUACCCUGGAGGAGGACGAAGUGCUUUUGAGUGAGGAAGAGACGGAUGAGUCAGAGCAUCUGGAAGAGGAUGAUUUAACACUUACGGAGAUACCUGAGAGCGAGGAAGAUGAUCCCGCCAACAUUCCAUCACCUUCUCUUUCAGCGGCAGAAUCCCCGAGAACCACCAAAGAGAUCGCAGAAGAGCCUGCUUCACCGCUCGACGAGGAUACCGCUUUCUUGAGGGAUUUUCUGUCGCGUGCUGACGCAUCAAAGGCAAGCCGUGAGGCCGCUGCCACUCAGCUUGAGACCAUGACCAAACGUCGGGACUCGGAUAUAGUCCGCCAGGUACUCGGCUCACCUCGUGUUGCACUUGAAGUCAAGGACCCAAAUUCACCGAAUGCCGCCAACACCGACUCACCCUCACGAAAGAACAAAGCAAAGGGCACCGAAGAUCCAUCAAGCACCACCGCUCCGGAUGACAAGAAACUGGACCUUGGCGACAUAACUUCCGAUCUCACUCUCGAAAAGCCCGCGGAGGAACCACCAGCACCCGCACCAGCUGCAACAACGCCCAAAUCGCAAAGCCGGCGCAGCUCUCGCGCACGGCAGACGCGCCUUCCGACCACACCCACCGCCUCCAACGCCAGAGGCCCCAACCGCAUCCAAUUCCGCGGCGCCAACGGGGCGGACCCGGUCGUCCUCAGGAAGUCGGAGGCGCAGGAACUAGCCGCGGCCACGCGCACCAACACGCGGAAGAACAAGGGCGGCGCCGUCGCCGCACCGAUCCGCCUCACCAAGCUCAAGGCGGAAGCCCUCAAGACCGGCACCGCUCCCGACGCACCGGCGCCCGACGGCUCUCUGCCCGUGUUCGCGGACCCGCAGAUCGACGUCUGGCUGGCCAGCAGGCUUCGUUGGGACAGCCAGCUUGUGUACUUCCAGGAGCAGGGCAACCUUGCGGGUUUGACGAGCUUGUCCGAUGAUGAGUCAACCGAGCCGGCAGAGACGGAGUCUGCUUCUCAAGGCAAGAAAGAAGAGGGCAGCAAGAAGAGGAAGGGUAAGAGUGAGGAUGCGGCUUCUACGCCUGCGCGGACGAAGCGGGCCAAGGGCCUGGGCGCUGGUAACGGCACCCCCGCGAAGGGUUUGUUGAUGCCCGCGAGCCUGCUGCCUACGGACGUACAGGCGGAGCUGGAGAAGAACGAGUCUACAGAGGAGGAGAUCAAGGAGAAGAAGAGCGGUAGUGGGAAGAAGGCAUCCGUCCUGCCGCCAUCUAUUUCGUCCAGCAAGAGUACCGGCGUUGGUUCGAAGGGAGGGAAGAAAUCGGACAAGGCAGCAGUCAAGGAAGCACAGCCUGUCGAGGCUGUUACCGAGACUGUCGCCUCAUCACAGGAAAGCAACAAGAGCGACUCCGCGCCGCCUGCUCCCACCACCGCCCCACCACCGCCGCUGCCGCCUUCCCAGCUUCCCACCCCAGCCGCCUCCCGCCGCAGCCGCCUCCAGACGCCGCGAAAGGUCAAGCUGCCCGUGCCCGUGUCUUCUUCCAUUUCUGCGUCGACAGGCAUCCCGGCUGUUUCUUCUCCUGCCAUCAAGGCGGCGCCGGCGGCGCAGGCGCAGAACAACAACAACCCUCCUAGCAGACUCAUCGGCUCCACGCCGCGGAAGAUGGCGGGCAUCACGAAGCCUGCCGUAUCUACAGGCGACGGGGGUAGUGGUGGUGGUGGUACUCAGGGGCUCAGCGCUGGCCGCAGGAGGGGUGCUGCAGCGGCGGCGAGGAGAGGCUGA